AAAAGAAAAAGGUAAUCAUCAGUAGUAAUUAAGUUGAUUCAUUGUUGGAAAGCACCGCGGUAACGCGCUCAACGCGGCCCGUAACGGCGGUAAUAGAGGUGCAUGUUGGAUUCUGUUAUCGCGGUUUAACACGGCGACAGUAAAGCCAGAUUAUAGCAGUAAUCUCUGCAUCUUUUAUAAGGGGUCUUCAUCUCUCAAAGGGCAGAUAAGCAGGGAUUCCAGACUUUGGAACUGGGAGCGGUAACAAGCCAACUGACGUUCUGAUCGUGUAGACUUGACAUCCACGAUGUUAGGAGGAUCACUUAACACACAAAGAGACAGAACCACAGGAGUGUGAAGUGUAGUGUUGACUGACGUGCCACCAUCCGUGCAGUGGAAGAGUCUCCAAAUCGGGUUAAUCUAGGGUCAGGAUGUCGGGGACAGGUCCCCCCCAGAGGUUCAUCAGCGGGGUGGUGGAAGGCUUCUAUGGGCGACCAUGGACUAUGGAGCAAAGAACACAACUUUUCAAAAGGGAGCAGACCUGGGGGUUGAACACCUACCUGUACGCCCCCAAGGACGACUACAAACACCGCAUGUACUGGAGGGACCUGUACUCUGCUGAGGAAGGAGAGCAACUGAAGGCGUUGAUCUCCGCCGCCCAUCAGCACGAUGUGGAGUUCAUCUACGCCCUCUCCCCCGGCCUGGACAUCACCUUCUCCAACCCCAAGGAGGUCUCCGCCCUGCAGAGGAAGCUGGACCAGGUUCAGGGCUUUGGCUGCAGGUCCUUCUCGCUGCUGUUCGACGACAUUGAGGCGGAGAUGUGUCGGGCGGACCGCGAGGCCUUCAGCUCCUUCGCCCACGCCCAGGUGGCCGUCACCAACCAGGUGUACCUGCACCUGGGGCAGCCGCACACCUUCCUCUUCUGCCCCACAGAUUACUGCGCUGCGUUCUGCACCCCCAGCGUCUCCCAGUCCGCCUACCUGCUCACCGUGGGGGGGGGGCUGCUGCCCGGCAUCGACGUGCUCUGGACCGGUCCCAAAGUCGUGUCCCACGUCAUCUCCGUGGAGUCCAUCGAUGAGGUGACCUCCGUCCUGAAGAGGGCGCCGGUCAUCUGGGACAACAUCCACGCCAACGACUACGACCCCCAGAGGCUGUUCAUGGGGCCCUUUAAGGACCGUCCAUCUGCGCUGAUUCCAAAGCUAAGGGGGGUCCUCACUAAUCCCAACUGUGAGUUCCACCCCAACUUUGUGGCCAUCCACACGCUGGCCACCUGGUGUCGGAGCGUGCCGAGCGCCGGGGACACGGGUGAGGAGGAUCAGAGCUACAGUCCCCAGAAGGCCCUCAGCCUGGCCCUGACCGACUGGCUGCAGGUGUUCCUGAACCCCGACCAACCAGGAGGUCCUCAGAAGAAGGGCUCUCCGGACGAGGAGGCCAUGCAGACGGACGUGGGCGUCUAUGUCCCGGGGCCGGGGGACCACCCCCUGUACACCGCGGAGCCCCUGACCCUGGCUGACCUCAACCUGCUGUCAGAGCUCUUCUACCUGCCCUACGAGUACGGCCCCAGGGCCAGGAGCAUGCUGCAGCAGCUGGACUGGCUGAGGGCCCACAGCACAGCCGCCGCCGCCGACAACGACCAGAGCGCUGAGUGGCACUCCCAGGCGCAGGCCUUUGACCAGAUGUGCGAGGCGGUGGUGCAGAUGUUCACCCGCCUGUCCAACGCGCCCAACCGCCGCAUCCUCUACGACCUCUACGACUACAUCUGUGACAUCAAGAGCGGAGUGGGCCUGGCCCGCGCCCACAUCAAGACGCUAGGGGGGCGCGGGGCCCGUCCCUCGGCCCAGGUCCUGAACCUCGACCCGGAGCCCUGGGGGUUCCGUGGCGGGCUCUCUGGAGAGAUCCAGAGGAUGCUCCCCUGCCACGGGAACCGGGACCUCUUCAGAACCCCCCCGAUGACGGCGGUGUACACCGUCCGGCCGCUGCGCCCGGACGACACGGUCACGGUCCAGCGGAUCUUCAAGGAGAUGCAACGAGAGGAAGGGGGAGGGGCCACGACACUUCAACCCCUGAUGAGUGAUGGCCUGUUCUCCGGCGGGCCCCUGGCCUCCGGCCCGUGCGCGCUGGUGCUUGAGGACGAGGAGGGGCUGUGUGGCUACGCCCUGGGACUCCCUGACGCCAGCCACGCCCCGCCCAACACCCAGAGGGCGCUGUGGGAUUCCCUCUCCGCGGUUUACCCGUCACUGAUCACCAUGCAGCUGCUGCCCAGGGUCACUGACCCCGCCCCUGCCACGCGUAUGAUUGGUUGCCUGCUCUCGUCCCUCAAAAGCUGUGGGUCCAGAGGGGCGUUCUGCGAGCUGAGACCCAACGACCGCAGGAUGCUCGACUUCUACACCAAACUGGGCUCCUUCAAGACCCUCCCAUUGGCUGGAGCCCCGCAGGAAGUGAUCGCACUGGGGACGUCCCUGUGAACCAGUGGCUAGCGCUCAGGGUUUAGAGCAGUGGUUCCCAAAUGGGGGUCUGCGUACCCUUAGGGGUACUGCAGAGGUACUGCAGGGGGUACUCAGAAUUAUUAUAUAUAUAUUUUUAAAGUCGUCAGUUUCAGGAAGAAUAUAUUUGAAUGGGAUUCACCUGGACAUGCUCUGACCCUCCCCUGGCGUUGUGCUUCUUUUGUGGGGAGGGAUAAGCAGAUGUAUGGAUCGCAGGCCCAUGUUCCUCACUUAAUUGUGAGUAUUUGCAACCCUUUAAUGUUCAUGUUUACACUGCCAAAUAGGACGCUCUAUGUUCAUUUUAUUUUCUCUCAAAUGUUUUCAGCUGAGAAAAAUGUUUUCUCAGCUGAAAAAGUAUCUUAGAGGGGGUACACUAGUAGAGAAGGUUUGAGUACCACUGGGUUAGAUGAUGGCAGUGGGGACUGCCCUGUGAACCAGUGUCUAGCUUUCAGGGGUAAGAUGAUAGCACUGGUUCUCGCGCUCAGGGUUAGAUGAUUUAGAUGAUGAUGAUCUAAACACUAAGCUGGUAAACACAUCAGCGAUGAUCUGACUGAGUGAAAAGGAAUCAGGAAUCACUGCAGUCAAAGUGUUUGAAUCUGGGAUUAUUGUUAGAUGAAUAAAAAGCAUUGGCUUGUAUUUGGACUCUUCCAUUGGUGAGUACACAUUGCAGGAGGUCAAAGAACAAUUCAAAACACUUUCAUCCACUCCGUAAAUUCCCAUUUAUUGUAUAGAAAUAAGUAAUACAUUAAAGAUAUUUUUAAAUAAAUCAACUCUUUCUGCUUUAAAAUAUAACAAUCCUUUAGUUAAAAUACUAUUAAGUCUCCCAGAGCACCUUAAGUCACUUAGCUUAAGUCACUUGUCUUAAGUCAUUUAGCUGAGGUCCACAUUCGGAGGUUCCUAAGACGAGGACAGACCAUGAGAGGAAUGUAGAGAGGCUGACGUUUGGAGAUAAGUAGACCAUUGCAUUAGCGUCACAUUGAACAGGCACCUAGAUAGAGGAAAUUAUAUCCAUAGAUAUAUAUCAAAUAAUUCAAGUAGUAACACACAAGGAAGCCAUUUAAAAACGCAUCAACAUCCACGUCUUUACAUCUAUAUAAAGUCGAUGAAACGCCUAAGGGAUAAAAAAACAGACAAGGGGGGGAGACCAAGGCAAAGCUCUUUAGCGUCUCCCAGGGUGUGUUAGGUCUUCCUGCAGUAACUUCCACCCAGGUCAGCCUCUGUUGGACGUGUGGCAGUAUGCUGGCUAGGCUGAGGGCAGUGCUGCCAGCAGGACUAUGAAACAGAGGACGCAGUCGUUCUGUUCUUAUGUUGAAUCAACCAGGCCAGUAUCAGAUAAUCCAAACCCUAAAAUGUCUUUAUAAAGAAAACGCACUUCAAAUAAAUAAAGGCUCACUGAAUCAUCGAUCUAGCCUUCUACCUUCUUCCUAUCUAGCCAUGAGUUCCAACGUUAUAUUUUUGGCUGAGCGCAUCAGGUUUGGUGGAUCACCCUUCAUU